CCAGGCUCCCUAGCCUUUGGCUGGGUGCAACUUCCAUUUUAGGUGUUGGAUCUGAGAGAAAAAAAAAGAGGGAGAGCGAGAAAGAAGAGCAGGAAAGAUCCUGAAAGGAGGAAGAGGUGGCGAAAAAUCAACUACCUUGCUGGAUUUGUCUUUCUCAGAACAUUGACGAAGCCUUGGUUUUCUUUCUUAAAGGACUGGUUUUUAGAAGUCCACAUUUGAGAGAGUUUGAACGGCCCAGAUCGGUUUCAGCCCUGCUGUUCCUGGGUGGAUCCUUCUUUUACUUUUCCAGCUCUCUUCUUCCUGCUUCCUCCUUGCUGUGGUGGCUGGGAUGCUUCUCCCAUGAUAUUUUGAAUCUAGACUGGGCUGUUCUCUGUUAAACCAAUCAGUUACGACCUUCUCUUAACAGUGUGAAGUGAGGGGGACCUUCUCCCUCCUUUCUCCUCCCCCUGUGAUCCACCUUCCCUUUUUACCCUGCCCUGCGGCGGCUCUGCCCCUUACCUUCAUGGACGACUCAGAGGUGGAGUCGACCGCCAGCAUCUUGGCCUCUGUGAAGGAACAAGAGGCCCAGUUUGAGAAGCUGACCCGGGCGCUGGAGGAGGAACGGCGCCACGUCUCGGCGCAACUGGAACGCGUCCGGGUCUCACCACAAGAUGCCAACCCGCUCAUGGCCAACGGCACCCUCACCCGCCGGCAUCAGAACGGCCGGUUUGCGGGCGAUGUUGACCUUGAGCGACAGAAAUUUUCAGAUCUGAAACUCAACGGACCCCAGGAUCACAGUCACCUUUUGUAUAGCACCAUCCCCAGGAUGCAGGAGCCAGGGCAGAUUGUGGAGACCUACACGGAGGAGGACCCUGAGGGAGCUAUGUCUGUUGUCUCUGUGGAGACCUCGGAUGAUGGAACCACUCGGCGCACGGAGACCACAGUCAAGAAAGUAGUGAAGACUGUGACAACACGGACAGUCCAGCCAGUCCCUAUGGGACCAGAUGGGCUGCCUGUAGAUGCCUCAUCAGUUUCAAACAACUAUAUCCAGACUCUGGGUCGUGACUUCCGCAAGAACGGCACUGGGGGGCCUGGCCCCUAUGUGGGGCCAGCAGGCACUGCUACCCUUCCCAGGAACUUCCACUACCCUCCUGAUGGGUAUAGCCGCCACUAUGAAGAUGGUUAUCCAAGUAGCAGUGACAACUAUGGCAGCCUGUCCCGGGUGACCCGCAUUGAGGAGCGGUACAGGCCCAGCAUGGAAGGUUACCGGGCACCCAGUAGACAGGAUGUCUAUGGGCCCCAGCCCCAGGUUCGGGUAGGUGGGAGCAGCGUGGAUCUGCAUCGUUUUCAUCCAGAGCCUUAUGGGCUCGAGGAUGACCAGCGUAGCAUGGGCUACGAUGACGUGGAUUACGGCAUGAUGUCUGAUUAUGGCACUGGCCGUCGGACUGGGACACCCUCUGACCCUCGGCGACGCCUCAGGAGCUAUGAAGACAUGAUUGGUGAGGAGGUGCCAUCAGACCAGUACUACUGGGCUCCUUUGGCCCAGCAUGAACGGGGAAGUUUAGCAAGCUUGGAUAGCCUGCGCAAGGGAGGGCCUCCACCCCCAAAUUGGAGACAGCCAGAGCUGCCAGAGGUGAUAGCCAUGCUAGGAUUCCGUUUGGAUGCUGUCAAGUCCAAUGCAGCUGCAUACCUGCAGCACUUGUGCUACCGCAAUGACAAGGUGAAGACUGACGUUCGGAAGCUCAAGGGUAUCCCAGUACUGGUGGGAUUGUUAGACCACCCCAAAAAAGAAGUGCACCUUGGAGCCUGUGGAGCUCUCAAGAAUAUCUCUUUUGGGCGUGACCAGGAUAACAAGAUUGCCAUAAAAAACUGUGAUGGUGUCCCUGCUCUUGUGCGAUUACUCCGAAAGGCUCGAGAUAUGGACCUCACUGAAGUUAUUACUGGAACCCUGUGGAAUCUCUCAUCCCAUGACUCAAUCAAAAUGGAGAUUGUGGACCACGCACUGCAUGCCUUGACAGAUGAAGUAAUCAUUCCGCAUUCUGGUUGGGAGCGGGAACCUAAUGAAGAUUGUAAGCCGCGCCAUAUUGAGUGGGAGUCUGUGCUCACCAACACAGCUGGCUGCCUUAGGAAUGUCAGCUCGGAGAGGAGUGAAGCUCGCCGGAAGCUUCGGGAAUGUGAUGGUUUGGUGGAUGCUCUCAUUUUCAUUGUUCAGGCUGAGAUUGGACAGAAAGAUUCAGACAGCAAGCUUGUGGAGAACUGUGUUUGCCUCCUUCGGAACUUGUCGUAUCAAGUUCACCGAGAAAUCCCACAAGCAGAACGUUACCAAGAGGCACCUCCCAACGUUGCCAACAGUACUGGGCCACAUGCUGCCAGUUGCUUUGGGGCCAAGAAGGGCAAAGAUGAGUGGUUCUCCAGAGGGAAAAAACCCACAGAGGAUCCAACAAAUGAUACAGUGGAUUUCCCUAAAAGAACUAGUCCUGCUCGAGGCUAUGAACUUUUAUUUCAGCCAGAGGUGGUUCGGAUAUACAUCUCACUCCUCAAGGAGAGCAAGAAUCCUGCCAUCCUAGAAGCCUCAGCCGGGGCCAUCCAGAACUUGUGUGCUGGGCGCUGGACAUAUGGUCGAUACAUCCGCUCAGCUCUGCGUCAAGAGAAGGCUCUUUCUGCCAUUGCUGACCUCCUGACCAAUGAACAUGAGCGGGUCGUGAAAGCUGCCUCUGGAGCACUGAGAAAUCUGGCUGUGGAUGCUCGCAACAAAGAAUUAAUUGGUAAACAUGCUAUUCCUAACUUGGUAAAGAAUCUGCCAGGAGGGCAACAGAGCUCUUCCCAGAAUUUCUCUGAGGAUACUGUGGUCUCUGUUUUGAAUACCAUCAAUGAAGUUAUUGCUGAGAACUUGGAGGCUGCCAAAAAGCUUCGAGAAACACAGGGUAUUGAGAAGCUGGUUUUGAUCAACAAAUCAGGGAACCGCUCAGAAAAAGAAGUUCGAGCAGCAGCGCUUGUAUUACAGACAAUCUGGGGAUAUAAGGAACUGCGGAAGCCACUGGAAAAAGAAGGAUGGAAGAAGUCAGACUUUCAGGUGAAUCUAAACAAUGCUUCUCGAAGCCAGAGCAGUCAUUCAUAUGAUGAUAGCACCCUCCCUCUCAUUGACCGGAACCAGAAAUCAGAUAAGAAACCUGAUCGGGAAGAAAUUCAGAUGAGCAGUAUGGGAUCAAACACAAAAUCAUUAGAUAACAACUAUUCCACACUGAAUGAGAGAGGAGACCACAAUAGAACACUGGAUCGAUCCGGGGAUCUAGGUGAAAUGGAACCAUUGAAGGGAACGCCCCUGAUGCAGAAGAUUUAGCACCACUCUCUCCGCUACAUCUGGGCUUAUAAUAUAUGUACUUUUAUUUUUUGGUGGUGAAAUGGACUGAUGAUUUUUCCCUUUCUUCGCUGGACUGUUGUGCCCACUGCCACACUGCCUCCUGCCCUUGUAGCCCUAAGUGGCUGCCUUCUUUCCAUCAACUCCCUAACUUCUUCCAGUGAAGCUUAAUUGUCCCUCCUCCCCCCUCCAGAUCCCCUGCAAUUACUCCCAAGAAGCCUGACUCAGUUAUAUGCAUAUCUUGAGAAACUGCUGCAGAUUAGCUCUUUUUGUCAGCUCUCCCUGGAACUCUUGGCCUUGUGUGGAGGGAGGGAGAGAGUGGGAAUCCUCACUGGAAGCCAUGGGAAGAAUUGGAAGUUAUAUGCUAUACAUGCAGUGUCCAGCAAUCUGAUAAACCGAUGGUUCUUAAGCAAGAUUUUUUUUCUCUUGGUGGGGAAGGGACCUUUACUUUUUUGGAGACUGGAGGGCGUGAGCUCUUCCUUUUUUCCUAAUGACUAUUUUUGAAGCAAAGAAGGCGGGCAACAUUGGCACAUACCACUUGGCAAGGGCCCUUGAGAAAGUGAAGGUUUCCUAGAGCGGAGAUUAAGAAACCUUGCCCUCCUCAUCUCCAGGGCAGGGACCAUCAAGGAUCUACAGACUCCAUCUCUUCUCCAAGCCUCAUGCCAGCCCUGGGCUGCAGCUGCUGCCCCUUACUGAGGCUGUCCUUAACCCUCCUCUCCCAUCCUGUGAGAAUGUCUGCUGACUUGGCCUGGCCACUUGCAAGAGGCUGUAGAAAGAGGAGAAUAUGUCAAGGAAGACUUUUUGGGUGCGAAGGAGCAGAAGGAUGUCUUCUGGGGAGGAGGAGAGCCUCUAGGAGGAGCUAGUAGGAGUGUACAUGACUCAUUUAGUCUGAAACUGGCAGGGAGCUACAAAGCUGCCUUCCCCUGCCCUUAUUUCUCACCCUUAUAGCCCCAUCCUCCCCUGCUUCCUCCCUGGAUUGGUUGGCUGACUAAAGGACUUGAUGUACAUACUCCUGCCCCCUUUACCCUUAAAAAGGUGGGGUUCGCCCCCGGCUUUGCCUCCUCUUUGUGCCUUUGGCCUGGGGUGCAUCUCCUCCUUCCCUUCCAUGUGCCUUUCUUUGCCUCUGCAGUCUCAUUUCUCAUGAUUUUGCAAAUUAUAUUUUGUUGCUUUCUUACCUACUUCUUGGCCCUAAAUAGCAGAAAGAAGAGGAGAGGUGACCUAGAGAACCUCAGUCUCUCCACUGGGAAUUGGAAUAGCCUCUAAUUUUAGCCAUAGAAGGUUUUUCUCAACUGUAUAUGUUGGGAUUUUGCAAAAAUCCUGUUCUGCUGAACCUCCAAAUGAGAUUGGUGGGAGGGAGGGAGUGGUGUGGCUCUUACUCCUUAGUUGCCCAGAAUGAUUGUCGUCUCUGAAGGGGUUAUAGGGAAGUCGUGUCCAUGUCCCCCUCCCCGACCCCCCACCACCCCUGUACCUCCUUCUUUUAGUUUAGUGUAUAUUAGCAGGUUGGGCUAGAGGAAUCAGCUGCUAUGCGGUUGAUUUUUUUUUUUUUUUUUUUUUAAACCCUUUCCCUUAUUUGCCUUUUACUCCUCCCCUUAAUCUAAAAGCUCUGUUUAAUGCAACUGGAACUCUUUAUCCUUCUCUCUCCCCCUUCCUUUAUAUAUUGAGGCUUUGGGGUAGGAGAAAAGUGCACAACCCACCACACCCGUUCCCCUCUGCAUUAAAAUUCCUUAUCUACCCCUUUUCCCCUUCACAUUUCGUCCCACUCCUUUUCUGGCAAAAAGGAGCCUUUUCCUCUCUGUGACCCUAAGAGUAUACUGCACAGGGGAAAUCGCCCCCAUCCAGAUGUGGCUCCACUCUUGGUUUCUCUUGUCUUCUGCUCUUUUCCUGGUGCUCUUUUUAUCGGUGGGGUGUGGGUAAUAGAACAGCCAUGGGCUUUGGGGGACCUUUAACUGUUUGUUUUUUCCUUUUCAUUUAUAAAAACACUAAACGUUCAAUUUCAGAGAACCAAAAAUCCCCCCUUCCCACCGAACACUACUAAGGGGCAUGUCUUCUGCCCCACACCUUUUCUGUUUUUCUUUCUCUCUUGUUAAUGCUUUUAAAAACAAAUGAGUUUUUUUAUAUAAAUAAAGUUUUUAAAGUGUGUAUGUGGGGGGUCUGUGUCAUUUCUUCACUUUAAGCUGUAUCUCUUCUCUCCUUUUCAUCUUGGUUACUUCCUUAUGUAUCAGUGUCCUUUUUCUCUGCAGAGCAGCUAGAAGGGGAUUGUACCAGGGCUGAUUUAUUUUGAGCUCAAUCCCAACUCUUAACAAGGAACAUUCUUUUUAAUUAUAUAGGAAACAUUUUUCCUCUGAAGAUUCUUAAAAAUUAAAUGUGGCUAAGUAGAGCACGGGAAGCUUAUUGCUAACUUAGAGAUAGGAAACUGAAGUAUAAAGAAUUAAUAAGUCACUGGGAUCCUUUUGCGACAUUUGACAAAACUAACGUUGAAUAAAGCUCAUUGCAAUACGUGACCCUCUUGAACAUUUAUGGGUAGAAGAUUAGAAACUACCAGCUCCAGCUAUCAUCCUGAUAAGUCUGAAUGUGUAGAAUUAAAAGGCUCACUAGGCCACAGUGUUGCUUCUCAGGCUAUCUGCAAUCUUCUAGUAAGAUGAUAAGGGGCAGGCCUAUAGCUAGCUUCCUCUGUGUCCUCCCAAGUAAUAUGUGGGUGGGUAGCGAAUACUUGUUGGAUUACCAGGGGUUGUCUUUACUGUAGAGGCCAAGGAUUAAGACCUACAGAAAGGGGCUUAUUUCUCUGGGGCCCAUAUUUCCUGUUACAUUAUUAGGACUCGAGAAUUUAUGUAAAAUGCUUUCUGUAUGCCCAGUCUUUAGAUUAAAAAUAUAUAGCUGCU